CACUGGUUGUUGAUGUCAUUUGACAGGUAGAGGUUAUGUGUACGUAGAUAAAUUUUUCGAAAAUGGGCUACCAAACGAAAACCCACGCAAAUUAGCAGCCUAAAUUAAAAUAAAUGCAAACGAGUUGAAAAAACAGCAACUCUCAAUUAUGGGCGCCUCAGUCAGCAGAGACUUGGAUUUAUCCACGAACGAGUACAUAUUAAAGUUCGUCGGAAAAGAUGGAAUUAAAUUGAACGAUCCUUUUUGGAACAGAUUUUUGGCUUUCAAUAUCACCCCACCCACCACAACAAACGACCAACUAGUUCUUGAAUCAAGAAUCGAGGUUUUAUGCCAAGAGCUGGUUCAGAACAAUUUAUCCUCUGGGAAUCUUCACACAUUAAUACAGUUAUUUCUAAGUAAAUCAUCUGAACUGUUAACCGCCACUGAUUCGGACGCAAUAUUAUUCAGCUGGCAAGUUUUCAACACUUUAUUCACGAUAAGGUGCAUCCUAAAGUUUCUCACUGAAACCCUAUCGGAAGAGCAAGUGAUAGAGCACAUAGAGGGUAAAGGGAACGAAAACGUUUUGGAGGCUCUAAUCGGGGCUCUGGUGGGCAUUAUCGUGGAUGUACCGGUGAAAGAUUCCACCUACUCGGUGCACUUGGAGGCUGUAACGUGUUUGUUGAUAUUUCUGUCUGUUCAGUACCACUCGGGCAGCCGAUCAGAUCAGAGCAGCAUUUAUCGUCUAAUAAUGAAAGGGAAGCAUGUAAUACACGCUCCGAUCUUAAUCAAAAGCUUGCUGAGCAAUUUUAUCAGCCAAGAACACGUCCCUGCCGUGUAUGCUAACAAUCAGGGGCAAAGUCUUGUUCUGGGUUUGGCUACGGAGUUGUGGUCGAUGUUGACUUUCAGUGGCAAAAAAAACAGCGAGGAUUUGGUUGUGCCCGAGUUUACCGAUUAUCAGCAGUCUCCAUUGGCCACACAUAGUCUCCUACUUAUUUUAGUUUUAGUGCAUCACUGGACAACACAGUCCAACCCAUAUAGAAUUAGUCUGUUUUCUUGUGUCAAUAGUUUAGACAAUAAUCCAACCCAACCAACUGAAUCUGGUACCUUAUUUAAAAUAGAUUAUAAUUUACUUUAUUCCACUCUUUGUAAAAAAGCAUCCGGUGAUGCUGCUACAUUACUAUUGUAUCUAUUACUACACAGAAAUGCAUCAUUCAAGACUUUUUUAUUGGGGAGAUUCGACUUGGAAUCAUUGAUUGUUCCAAUAUUAAAGACCUUAUAUAAUGCACCUAACAGCAAUUCACACCACAUCUACAUGUCACUCAUCAUUUUACUUAUACUUAGUGAAGAUGAGACUUUCAACAAAAGUGUACAUCAAACGAAACUUAAAAAUGUGGCUUGGUACAGCGAAAGAACCCUAUCGGAGGUUUCGCUGGGGGGGCUGCUAAUUCUUGUGGUAAUAAGAACAGUGCAGUACAACAUGCUGAAAAUGCGCGACAAAUACCUACACACAAACUGUUUGGCGGCUUUGGCCAACAUGUCAGCUCAGUUUAGGGAUUUGCAUCCCUACGUGAGUCAGAGGUUGGUAUCGCUGUUCGAAACCAUAGCCAGGAAGUACCAGAGACUGACCAGGCAUUUUACGGAGGAAAGAGAGAAUGAAGUUACGGUUACUGUAAAUCAGGAAUCGGCAGAUAUGGAACAAGAUAUCGCUGUCUUAGAGGAAGUAAUGAGAAUGGUUUUGGAGAUACUGAACUCCUGUUUGAGUUUUCAGUUGAGCAAUAAUCCAAACCUCAUUUACACGUUACUCUACAACAAGCAUGUCUUUGAAGCGUUCAAAGACAACGUGGUUUUUCAGGAUAUAAUCCACAAUAUACAAAUAAUUAUAAAAUAUUUUUCCGAAAUUCUCGAUAACAAAACCGACCAGCACCAAGUUGAUGCCACCCAAGUACUCCAAGUCAUUCAGCAGGGCGCCAAAAAUUGGCCAAAAGAAAAAUUAACCAAAUUCCCCGAUCUUAAAUUUAAAUACGUCGAGGAGGAUCAACCAGAGGAGUUUUUUAUUCCAUACGUGUGGGCUUUAGUAAGUCAGCAGUCAGUAUUACACUGGACCAGUGACGAUUCCCCGAUUUUGUCGACCGUUUGCUAACAUUUUAAUCCCUUGACAAUACGCGUAUGUAUUUCAAAAUGAUUGUGUAUAUAAUAUCGUAUUUUAUUCCUUUAGCGAUUUAUUUAUCAGAUGUUUAUGUUGAAAUGUUGUACCUUUU